AUGGGUGGUAUCAAGCCUUCAGGAACGUCUGUCAGAAAGAUAGUGACGCGACCUGUAGCCUUUGGUCUGGUUUCUUAUCUUCCGAUUUGGCAGUCUGGAGCUGUGACGAAUGAUAUUAUCGCUCUUUCCCAAUAUGCCUUGAACAUGCAGCAGGAAUGCCUUAUUCAUUGUUGUGAACGUGUUCAAUUUAUGACUAAGAUGUCCUACGACAGUACAACACAAUGUAGUCAUCGACCUCUUUCAAACACUAGACCUGUGAUUACUCUCGGGAUUUUCACCAAGACUACACUCAGAAGACAAUUAGGUCUCAGUAAUAUUUCUGUGACUUGCGGAGGCAUCGCAGUUUGGGCACUCAGAUGUGCGUUGGCCUGUGUCGACCGAUUUGUCGCAUCUAUUGAAAAGAUCAACGCUACACAGAACACAAUCAGGCUUUUAGAUGGCAAACUCCAUUUUAUAAAAUGA